GAGAAAAAAAAGACUGAUGCAAUGACUCGGCUCUCUUAAGACUGACAGGCUUGGGAGUAACAUCACUGCCAUCUGACAUCAGAUACCUGGCCAAAGAGAAGCAUUUCCAGCCAUCGCAAUACAGAGGUCUUAAGGUACAGCCCUGGAGUAGAGAAUCCUCUCUUGGAUAUGAAGGAGAGCCUAAGCUUCAUCUGUUAGCUGCAACAACUGCAUAAGAAAUUACCUUUUGCUUGAUACCAGUUGUACAGCAGAUUGAAUUUGAGGCUCGAGGACUCCUGCGUACAGGCAGGAUUCUUUCUUUGUUAAAGGAGAUAUGACAUUUCAUGACUUAGUUUUUUUAGUUUAGGUGGAAGAUAUUCAUUACUGUCCUGACCAGAGACAGAUUCAUCUGAACAGGAAAACAGACAAAAGGCAUCAGGAUUCAAGACGUUACAUCACAAUAACCCAAGUGGUUAAUCCCAGCACUUCAGUGGGUUCUGGGAUUUUUGUAGCAGCCACUUUGAAUACAGCUGGAACACAAGUUUAUGUUACAGCUGGUGUAAGCCAUGGAAGACCAGACGGGCUACAGUGUCCACAGGAAGAUCCUGGAUGAAGGAAGUGUGGAUGAGAUGGCAGAAAAGUCUGAGUCAAAAACCCUUCUGUCUGAGAAAGUCAGAAAGUCAGUUAGGUGUUCUGGUCCCCGGUUGAAGGAAUGCCUGCUGAGAAGUGUUCCUCUGUUAUCAUGGCUGCCGCGAUACCCUAUCAGAGAAAACGCCCUCGGUGAUAUGAUCUCUGGAAUCAGUGUGGGGAUCAUGCAGCUACCACAGGGUAUGGCCUAUGCCUUGCUGGCAUCAGUUCCUCCAGUCUUUGGCCUUUACUCCUCCUUCUACCCCGUCCUCAUCUACUUCAUCUUCGGCACCUCCAAGCACAUCUCAAUAGGAACAUUUGCAGUGAUAAGUGUGAUGAUAGGAGGAGUGACAGAACGAUUAGCUCCAGACUCAGACUUUAUGAUAUGGGACAAUGUGACCAACUCCAGCAACGUUGACAUCAUCUCCCGGGAUGCUGAGAGGGUCCGAGUGGCUACGGCUGUCACCUUCCUAGCUGGAAUAUUCCAGAUUUUGCUCGGUCUGGUCAAAUUUGGCUUUGUGGUGACAUACUUGUCUGAACCUCUGGUCCGAGGUUACACCACUGGAGCUGCCAUCCACGUCAUCGUGUCCCAGCUCAAAUACACCUUUGGCAUCAGCCCUGUGAGAUACAGUGGACCGUUGUCAUUGAUAUAUACUGUGCUAGAAAUGUGUUAUCUCAUUCCAGAGACAAACAUUGGUACUCUGGUUGUUAGUAUUGUCACCAUAAUCAGCCUUAUCCUCACUAAGGAGCUCAAUGCGUACUUGAGUAAAAAAAUUCCUGUUCCUAUACCUGUGGAGCUGCUUGCUGUCAUUAUUGGUACAGUCGUCUCCUGGCAAGUUAACUUGGGGGAGAAAUAUGGAGUGGAUGUGGUGGGAAUUAUUCCAUCAGGUUUCCAGCCACCUGUUUUCCCAGAGGUGUCUUUGUUUGGACAGGUGAUAGGGGACGCCUUUGCUCUGUCUGUGGUUGGCUAUGGUAUUGCCAUUUCACUGGGACGAAUCUUUGCUCUGAAAUAUGGAUACAAGGUGGACAGCAAUCAGGAACUAAUCGCCUUGGGUCUAAGUAACUCAUUUGGAGGAAUUUUCCAGUGUUUCGCCAUCAGCUGCUCUAUGUCUCGCAGCAUGGUUCAGGAGAGCACAGGAGGGAAAACCCAGGUUGCUGGGGCUCUAUCAGCAAUUGUGAUCCUCUUUAUCGUGCUUUGGAUUGGGGCUCUCUUUGAAGAUCUGCCCAAGGCAGUGCUGGCUGCCAUCAUCUAUGUCAACCUCCAUGGCAUGAUGAAGCAAUUCUUGGACAUCCCAGUUCUGUGGAAAAAAAACAAAGUAGACGCGGCAAUUUGGGUGGCAACCUUCAUCCUCACCGUGCUGUUGAACCCUGACAUUGGACUGGCUGCUUCCAUUGGCUUCUCCAUGCUCACUGUCAUCUUCAGGACACAGCUACCAACUUAUUCCCUGCUAGGGCAGAUCCCAGGCACUGACAUUUACAGGCCACUGGAGGACUACAAUCAGGUGACGCAGGUGCCAGGGAUUUUGGUCUUCCGUUCCUCUGCCACACUCUACUUUGCUAAUGCAGAGAUGUAUCAAGAUGCCGUGGGGAAGAAGUCUGGCAUUGACAUCGCCAAGAUCUUGUCAGCAAAGAAGAAACAAGAGGCCAAACGGGAGAGGAUUGAAAAGGAAAAUGCCAAGAAAGCCAAGAAGAAAGGAGUAAAUAUGGAGCCAGAGCAGAAGGACAUUGCCUUCGUUGAGUUGGAAGCUGAGCCUGAGCCCUCACACCCUAGAGCCAUCAUCCUUGACCUCAGCCCUGUCAACUUCCUGGAUACUGUGGGGGUCAAGGCGUUACAAAAUAUCCAGAGAGACUAUGGACAAAUUGGUAUAGAGGUGGUUCUCGCUGGCUGCCAAACUGGCGUGGUGGACAACCUGCAGACCGGAGGGUUCUUCAGUGACAAAGUGACAAACUCCUGUUUGUUCGCCACCAUCCAUGAUGCCGUUCUGUACUGUCAGUCUGCCAGAGCACAAGAAGAGGGGGCCGCAAUGACGCAGUUCUGAGUCCUGAGAGGAAAGAGGAAGGAUAAUAUGAAAAGAGAGACACUGGUUUUAUCCGAUCUGGGACUUCUGUCUGUCACAAGCAUAGACAUACAUGCACACACACACACAAACACACACACACGCACACACACACACACACACACACACACAGUGGACAAAGCAACAAAAUGCCAAAAAAGGAAAAUACACUACACAUUUGCAGUAACACAAACACACUCAGUCACGCAGAAAAUGACACAAACAUACACACUUGUAGUCAAUGCUUAGUAAUGCAUAUUGAUAGUCUUCUCUGAUGUCUUGUUAGCCAACUUUUUAGAAUGAAGUUAUUAUAUUACAAUGCCAUUUAAUCAGCAACUGCAUAUUUGUAUCAACCAUGUAUUUAUGGAAAUCUAGUGAAUGAUGCAUACCGUGUACACGCGCUGUAUAUAUGGGAAUACCAUGUUUACAUUUAAAUAUGUUACUACUGCCUGUUGGUGCUGUUUUUUAGCCAGCUUGCCUUUUUAAAUGACGAUUUAAAAGCACUGUUUUAAGGCAAAACCAGCUUGCAUAAAUAUUACAUUUUAACAUACUUUUCUACUCCUACUCAUUGAUGAUCUCUGACCCUUGGUGACCUUGCUUUUGAGAUUGUGAUAAUGGUGGGAAUACAAUAUUUAUUGGUACCAUAGAUUGUAGGGAUGACGCAUUUCCACUUCAUCCCGUUUUACAAAAAUGAAGCCUGGAUACCGGUUCCGCUAUCUUGCAUUUUGUAAUUUGAAUCCAGAGCCGCCGAUACACGCGCUUGACAAACCGCGAAUCAGUCUCAGCUGUCACCAUGACUUUCAUCCCAUUUUAUAGCAUCAAAUAAUAAUAGAGACCAAAUUUUGGAAAAAUAUGCUUGACCUGCUGACGUGAUGUCCAUGUCGCAUACUAUUCAUCUGUUGACAGUGUGUUGGACAUGGGGCACACUGAAGAAGUACCCAGAUUUGAAAGACUUAGGGUUUUCUUUACUGGAGGAACACAAUGGCCACACUCAAAAGCAUCCCAAUUCGUUUCUUCAGGAUUCUGCAUAUCAUGUGAGACAUAUCAAUGAAAAAAGUACCAAGAUUUAUUAAACAAAAUAGGGUUUCCAUCUCCUGAUGAAGUGUUUGAUUGUGAUGCCCGUCAGCCGACAGGCAGAUGUUCCGCAGCUUCCAAGUCUUACGCCCGUUGAAAUUCCAGACCUUGCAGAAAAGACAUAUACCUCCUAUUAACUACUAUUGCUUUUCCUUCUCUGUGUGAUGACAUGUAUUUUAUUUGGUCCAUCGCUAAAUCCGGCCUUGCAUCAGAAUGAUUUCAUGUGGUUGUCCGGUACAUCAGCUCCAUAUUAGCAAAUAUUCCUGUUCCUUCAGUUUACUUUUCACCUACGGACACUUUUUCCCCAAAUGCCUUGAGACGUUUUGAAAACUCAUCAGCAUAUUCAGAUGUCAUAGCAAAGCUUUCGUUCUUGCAGAGUAGGGAUAUGUUGCCCCUUUCCAGAUGCACUUGCCUGAGCAAACAUCGUUGGUAGUUGGUAGUAAUCCUCUACACAAAAAUGACUAGUCGGGGAGGAUCUGUUAUGUCUUUUGUUUUAUUGCAGGCCAGAGAGAAAAACUUCUUGUGAAGUCCUUCUGUGAUUUUUCAACAUCUUGUGCAAUACCAGUAUUCUGCUCUGUCGGUUGGAAUGACGCUCGAUGUCGAUCUUUUUCAUCACUCCAACCACGCCCCUACAAACUGGGCACACUGGUUUGAGAUUCACCAUGACACGUCGGCAAGUUUCCCCUAUGUGAGUGAUGUGUUGUGAGGGGACCACCCUGAAGGACAUGUUCUUUUCUUUUAUUACAAAAAGUAAUUGCUGAGAUUUGCAUUCCUUGGUUGUUUCUUUAAUUCGUGAAUUGCCUCAUUGGCUGGAUGACUGGAUGAAUUUGUUUUUUGACAAUUGCACUGAUCUGUUCAUUCAUGAUCAUGAAAAAUAAUGAUCAGUGUGUGGAUCUCUCCUCUAAUAAAAGAGAUAGUAUUACAUUUGUAUUACUAUUCAUCA